UGUUUUGUGCCCAUUUCAGUUACCGAAUUCAUGUUUUUCCCCUUAUUGAACGAAAGAUUUCAAUGCGUGGUUGUUUAGAGCGUGUUGUUGGUUGAUUGUUUACCGAUGUACGAUUGUUUAUUGAGUUUAACUUGCAUUCCCUACCCAGAUCUACUUGGUUCUCUUGUUUACCGCAGGAAGUGCGGGGUUGGAACUGUUCUCUUGCUUUAAUUUGAGAUCGAGGUGUUGUGAUGUUUGUCGGUCGGGGUUUUUACCUAGUUUUCUUCACAUCACCCCGACCUUUCGGUUGCUGCAAUUAUCAGAUCUUGGUUAUCCAUUGUUACUAGAGGGUUGGGCUUGUUUGGCAUGUCUAAUUUUGUUAAAUCGUGAGAGCGCUUGUGUUUCUUAAUGGUACCAAAGGGUAUUAUUUGACGAUCUAAGGCAAGCUUCUGAGCUGUGACAUUUGAAAAUAAUCGAAGAGCCAUGGGCCGUGGAGUUAGCAGUGGUGGGGGGCAGAGCUCACUGGGGUAUCUGUUUGGUAGUGGAGAAGCUCCAAAUGCAGGUGCCCGUGCUCCUGCCCGUGCCCCUAAUGGUGGCCAAGCACCACCACCUUCUAAUGAAGGGAAGACUGUAUCGAAACCUCCUGCUGCUGCUGCUUCACCACCUGCAGAUGUCACCAAGCAGAUUCCGGCUGGUAUUCAUAGUAGCUCCUCAAACAACUAUUUGAGGGCAGACGGUCAGAACACUGGCAAUUUCAUAACGGAUCGGCCUUCAACCAAGGUGCACGCAGCCCCAGGUGGUGGAUCGUCUCUGGAUUAUCUGUUUGGUGGUGCUGGUGGAAAAUGAAAGUGGCCCAGUCAUAACACUACUAAAUAGAGUUAUUUGACUAUCCAUUUUAUGUGAAUUUAAUAUGAUGUUGAAGGGCAAUGUUUGCAAUCUGAAAGGAUACUGGCGGGACGAUAUGCUUUACAAUUUUAUGUGUAGAUGCUAUGGUUGCUUCUGCUGCUCUGUUGUUGGGUUUUAAUUCAAUCAAAUUUUUAGUUUGGAUUCAUCAAAAGUUGUUGUGGAGCUGUCUGUGUCUGUCAAGGAUCUGAUCUUUCUUAAAAGUAAUGCAAAACUCUCUUUACCA